CAGAGAUGGGAAGACGACUGGCAUGUGUGCAGACUCCAAAUGUGUCGUAGAAUAAGACCCAUCGACAUGUGAGGAUCAUAUAUGUGGACAUGUUUGAAAUGUGCAACAGCUGACUGAAGCCCGAUGGGUUCUGGAGCAAGCCAGAGGGAAGAUUCAGUUUCAGAGAACUUGCUCUCACCGCAGCCCAACCCUGAGAUAGCCAACUCUUCUGACCGUCACCCGGUCAUCAUCAUCACAGCUCCAUCACGAGAAGACAUCUAUGCCACGCCAUCCAACAUCACCAUAGCUGAUGCGAUGAAGGAGCGGCGGCCUGGUUCUACACCGUUUGUGGUGGGGAAGAAACAAGUAGCCAGACAGUAACUCAACAUGCCACAUUAAGAUUGACUCAACACUGACAAACUCCGGGAUAGUUUUUAUGUGUCCACUUGGUGGCGGAAGCCAAACAAACUACUAUGGCGGCCGCUGCGUGCUACUGUUUACAUCCUCCUCCCUCUGAGCUGUAAUCACAAACUCAACAAUGGACGCCCCUGCAGAAGACGAAUCUGACACUAUAAGGCUUAAAUCCAUCAAGGACAAUAAAACCUUCACGGUGCCUCAAAACGAGAGAUUUGGAAGCUGCAGAAGCGUCAGAGAGUUUGAGAAACUGAACCGAAUAGGAGAAGGAACAUACGGCAUCGUGUACCGAGCCCGUGACACCAGGUCAGAUGAGAUUGUAGCACUGAAGAAAGUCAGAAUGGACAAAGAGAAAGAUGGGAUCCCCAUCAGCAGCCUCCGAGAGAUCACACUACUGCUGAGGCUGCGGCACCCCAACAUAGUGGAGCUUAAACAGGUGGUGGUAGGCAGCCACCUGGAGAGUUUGUUUCUGGUGAUGAGUUACUGUGAACAAGACCUGGCCAGUCUUCUGGAUAACAUGCAGACGCCGUUCUCUGAGGCUCAGGUCAAGUGUAUCGUCCUUCAGCUGCUCAGAGGCUUGGAAUAUCUCCACCACAACUUCAUCAUACACAGGGACCUGAAGGUGUCUAAUCUGCUGAUGACGGACAAAGGCUGCGUUAAGAUCGCUGAUUUCGGUUUGGCCAGGAUGUACGGGAUCCCGCAGCCCCCCAUGACGCCCCGAGUGGUCACCCUGUGGUACAGAGCUCCAGAGCUCCUCCUGGGGACAAAGACGCAGACCACAGCUCUGGACAUGUGGGCAGUCGGCUGCAUCCUCGCUGAGCUGCUGGCCCACAAACCUCUGCUCCCUGGGACCUCAGAGAUCCAGCAGGUGGACCUGAUCGUGCAGCUGCUGGGCACGCCCAAUGAGAACAUCUGGCCGGGUUUCUCUCAGCUCCCUCUCAUCGGUCAGUACAGCCUGAGGAAGCAGCCGUACAACAACCUGAAGAAUAAGUUCACCUGGCUGUCUGAUGCCGGACACAGACUGCUCAACCUGCUCUUCAUGUACAACCCGCAGCGCAGAGCGACUGCCAAAGACUCUUUGGAGAGCUCCUACUUCAAAGAGAAACCUCUGCCAUGUGAACCAGACUUGAUGCCAACUUUUCCUCACCACCGCAACAAGCGAGCUGCUCCUCCAGCAGAGAGCCACUCCAAGCGGAGUAAAGUAUGAAGAUGAUGAUGAUGAUGAUGAGACAUGGGACUCAAAUUGGACGGAGAAGACUUCACUGUGGAAUUUAGGGCAAAUAAAGCCAGUGAAAACCAUCGGUGCAGCUAAAGUCAACACCUCGGAUCUACCUGUUGUUGGAGUCUUAACUGUAACGUACAAUGUGAUCAAUGAAUUACUCCAAAAAAAAAAAGACAAACUUUGUCAUGUUUACUAAGAUGCACGCAGCAUCAAUCAAGCAAAACAAAAAGUAUUGGAUUUCACCUUUGACUACAAAUAAGAAAUUGUUACUGCCUGCUCAAAGCUGAUCAAUAAUCCCAAGGGAGGUAUGAUCCUAUCAAGCUGUGAUACAACUCUGAGCCCGUCAGCUAUCAGAAGCCCAGUUAAUUCAUGUAAAUUCGGCGUGGGAGUGGAUGUCGACAAUAAUCCGUGUAACGUUCUCACUCGGGUGUAGAUGACCCAAAGCUAAACGUUCAGCUAAACCUUUGUCCAGUUUCAAUAAA